AUGGGAAGCCUUGAGGAAGGCAAGGGGGAGAGCGUGCGGUGGGCUCUGCGGCGUGCCCGAUUUCCGGGUCUGGCUACACCCCCUCCCCAGUGCGUUUUCUUGGUUCUCUCUGCGAGUAGCGCACGCGCCUCGAACCCCCGGCGACAGCGACGCCCCCUCCUCCGGGGGCGGGGCGGGGCGGGGGCGGGGGCGGGGCCGCGGUGCUUUUCCCCCCCGGAGCCUGCGCGCCUCGCAUCCGCGCUCUGCCCGCUGCCCGCGCUGCUAGGAGCCGGUGAGUACACCCCGCGGAUCUCGCCGUCCCUCCUGCCCGGGGACCGAGGCCGCUCGCCCGCGUCCUCGGCUGACUUCCCGCCUCUCCCCCAGCCUGCCGCGAUGGAGUUUGUGGUUGAGAGCCCGGACGUGGUCUACAGCCCAGAGGCCAUCGAGGCUCAGUAUGAGUACCGGACGACGCGCAUCAGUCGCGAGGGUGGUGUCCUUAAGGUACACCCCACAUCCACGCACUUCAUCUUCCGGACCGCCCGGCAGGUGCCCCGCCUGGGGGUCAUGCUCGUCGGCUGGGGCGGCAACAACGGCUCCACGCUGACCGCCGCCGUGCUGGCCAACCGGCUGCACCUCUCCUGGCCCACGCGCACCGGCCGCAAGGAAGCCAACUACUACGGCUCGCUGACCCAGGUGGGCACUGUGAGCCUGGGCCUGGACGCCGAGGGCCAGGAGGUGCACGUGCCCUUCCGCGCGCUGUUACCCAUGGUGUCUCCCGACGAUCUGGUGUUUGACGGCUGGGACAUCUCGUCGCUGAACCUGGCCCAGGCGAUGCGGCGCGCGCAAGUGCUGGACUGGGGGUUGCAGGAGCAGCUGUGGCCGCACAUGGAGGCGCUGCGCCCGCGCCCCUCUGUCUACAUCCCGGAGUUCAUCGCAGCCAACCAAGGCACGCGUGCGGACAAUCUUAUCCCGGGCACGCGUGCACAGCAGCUGGAGCAGAUCCGCAAGGACAUCCGAGACUUCCGGUCCAACAAGGAGUUGGACAAGGUCAUUGUGCUGUGGACGGCGAACACUGAGCGUUUCUGCGAUGUGGUCCCCGGCCGAAAUGAUACAGCUGAGAACUUACUUCGAACCAUUGAGGUGGGUGAGGAGGUGUCCCCGUCCACGCUCUUCGCUGUGGCUAGCAUCUUGGAGGGCUGUGCCUUCCUCAAUGGGUCCCCACAGAACACAUUGGUGCCGGGGGCUCUGGAGCUCGCGGCGCAGCACCGUGUCUUUGUGGGUGGGGAUGACUUCAAGACUGGCCAGACAAAGGUGAAGUCGGUGCUUGUGGACUUCCUGAUCGGCUCCGGCCUCAAGACCAUGUCCAUUGUGAGCUACAACCACUUGGGCAACAACGAUGGGCAGAACCUGUCGGCACCAUCCCAGUUCCGCUCCAAGGAGGUCUCCAAGAGCAACGUGGUGGACGACAUGGUGCUCAGCAAUCCAGUGCUCUACGCACCUGGCGAGGAGCCUGAUCACUGUGUGGUGAUCAAGUAUGUGCCGUACGUGGGUGACAGCAAGCGCGCGCUGGAUGAGUACACAUCGGAGCUGAUGUUAGGUGGCACCAACACACUGGUGUUGCACAACACUUGCGAGGAUUCCCUUCUGGCCGCGCCCAUCAUGCUGGACCUGGUGCUGCUGACUGAACUGUGCCAGCGCGUGAGCUUCAGCACUGACGCAGACCCCGAGCCGCAGGGCUUCCACUCGGUCCUGGCAUUGCUCGCUUUCCUCUUCAAGGCUCCGCUCGUGCCCCCGGGUAGCCCUGUAGUCAAUGCGCUCUUCCGCCAGCGCAGUUGCAUCGAGAACAUCCUCAGGGCGUGUCUGGGGCUGCCGCCUCAGACCCACAUGCUGCUGGAGCACAAAAUGGAGCGCCCGGACUCCGUGCUCAAGCGCACAGGACCUGGGGCUUGCCCUGGGCUGCGCAAGAAAGGACCGGCACCAGCUGCCUCCAACGGCUGCACUGGUGAUGCCAAUGGCCAUCAGCAGGCUGAGGCCCCUCAGAUGACCACCACCUGAGACUCC